GUGGACUUUUGAGUGGUUAUUAAACUGGCACUUUUUUACGUUUAUUGAUUACCAAAACCACUAGAUUCUGUAUAAGAAUACAAGUGUAUAUUUUCGUGCAUUUUAAUAAUUCAUCUAGAACUAUGGAAAUAAAUAAACGAAGUUAGCAUUUACUUUUCUUGACGGAAAGUCGUUUCCCAAGAUUUAUCUGUCAAACGUAAUCGGUAGGGGAUGAAGUGCUAUUAUUAUUUUUUUUUUUGCAAUUAAUGGAUAUUUAUAUUAACAGCACUCUGAUACAAUAGAAAUGGAGAGACUAAAUAAAAUGCUGUUUAUUAGUACAUUUUUCCUUGUUUAUUUUAACAUCAUUGUUUGUGUAUAUAGACAAGCUACUUUCGACUCAGUGACUGAUUUAGAAAUGCAAACUGCAAUUUCAACCAUGACCCAUACAACAGACAUAUCAUGUGGAAGAUUCUGUGACAACUUGAAUGGAUGCAUUUCAUUUAGUUUUGAAGCAUCGACAAACACUUGUAAAUUAUACGACACAGACCCAUUAAUCGCUGCGUCGGACAGUGUUGCAACUGAAGGAAGUAUGUUAUACGUCAGAGAUUGCAAAAGCGGCUGGAUGAUAUUUGGCGAAUCUUGUUAUUUGUUUUCAACGACGAAACUAAAUUGGGCUUCUUUUAAGGAAUAUUGUGCGUCUUUGGGAGCACAGCUAGUCAAAGUAACAUAUGAUGCAGAACACCAGUUUAUUAGGCAGACAGUAUCUAGCAAAGGUAAGAACUUCUUUUGGAUCGGGGCACGGUACAACAGUACGAUCAAGGAGCACCGGUGGAUUGACGGCACCGAGAUGACAUUCAAUGGUUGGCACCCAGAAAGACCGGGAACUAAGACAGGAUGUGCUGAUUACUUAGAUAUAUUCAACUGGCUUUGGAAUUCACACAACGACUGUGUCAAUACAUAUGGUGCAUGUAUAUGUGAAAAAAGGCGCGUGUGACAGACUAUAACCACAAAGUGGAACUUAUAGGGGAAUACAGAAGGAACACCCGGAAAAAGCUUCUUUGGAUGUCAGCAACAUUUUUUCAAUGCAUAUAUGUUUGUAAUAAAAGCUUUUGCCUAUUCGUUACGUCUGUAAAAUUGUUUUUACAGGCCUAUUCUAUACUAUUUACAGAGAUUAACCCGUUAUAAUGAUCCUAUACAAUAACGUCGCUGUGGUAUUUCUUGAAUGUUGAAUGUUGAUAUGUUCAUCGUUUAGAAUACAUUAAUGGAUGUAAAGCCAGUAUCAGUUAAUUGCUAGAUUUUCAUCCGAUUAUAUCAUAAAAUGGGG